CUAGCCCCUGAAAAACAAGUGAUUUUCUCAUAAAUAAUUUCAGUCAUGUUCUGUUUUUAAAAAUUAGUAGAUACUUCCAUUUGAGCCGAUGUUGGUUUUGAAUAAUCCUUGAAAAAUUGUUAUUUGAUUUUCGGAAAUGGUUCCGCCACUGAUUUUACGUUUACACGAAUAAGUGCAUAGGUAGAGAAAGCUUGGAAGUUAUAAGGGUUAGGGAUCAUCCAACAAUAUGGGUAGCUACAAUUACUACAAGAUGUUUGGAUACUUUAACCGCAAGUUUGAGAUGAAAGACAAUGGCCCGCCUUCUGAUGUCAUCCAAGCUUUCUCUGCUUACACCGGAGAUGCCUCCCAAAUGUCUGCAGAUCAACUUCUCCGCUUUCUUGUUGAAUUUCAGGGUGAAGUGGGGUCUACAUUGUCAAUGGCACAGGACUUGAUGCACCAGGUUUUGCAGAGGAGGAAUCACCUGAAUAAGUACACUCGAAAUGAUUUGUCAUUAGAUGAUUUCUACUAUUUUCUCUUCCAGGAUGAUCUUAAUCCCCCCAUAAGUUUACAGGUACACCAUGAUAUGACUGCUCCAUUGCAACAUUAUUUCAUAUAUACAGGUCACAAUUCUUACCUAACUGGGAACCAGUUAAGCAGUGAUUGUAGUGAAAUUCCUAUUAUCAAUGCUCUGGAACGAGGAGUGAGGGGAAUAGAACUUGAUUUAUGGCCAAAUUCAGCAAAGGAUAAAGUUCAUGUUCUCCAUGGAAGGACUCUGACAACUCCUGUGAGGCUUGACAAAUGCUUCCAGUCCAUCAGGCAGUAUGCAUUUGUUAAAUCUCCUUAUCCUGUCAUAGUAACUUUAGAGGACCACUUAACACCAAGCCUUCGGGAAAUGGUUGCAGAGAUGGCGAUCCAAAUAUUUGGAGAACUUCUCUAUUACCCUGAACCUGGGGUUUUUGAUGCACUUCCUUCACCUGAUGCACUAAAACAUCAGAUUGUUCUUUCUACGAAACCACCUAAAGAAUACCUUGAUUCAAUAAAACCAGCUAAAGAAAGCCUUGAAAUCAAAGAUGAAGCAGAAAUUGAUCAGGGGAACAACAGCAAUCAGGAUGGAGAUGAGGCUGUAAACGAUAACACAGGAUUCCAGAAAAGUAACAGUGAUACGGAUGAUGAAGAGCGUGGUUCAGACAGCCACAGAUCUUCCAAACAACUUGGACAAGGGUUUAAGCGUUCGAAUGCUAUCCAUUCAGCUGCCCUUAAGGUUGAACCACCUAAUGACCUUGCUGAAGGCUGCAGUAUAGACACUGACUUAUCUAGCCAGCUUGGGGAAAGUGAUGAGCAUGCUGGACUUACAAAAAAUUCUGAAGACUCUAGUCUGGAUAACUGUAACCAAAACCACUUUGGUCCAGCUGAUGAACUUGGCAAAGACCCCAGUUUAAAUAUCCAAAUAUCUGUCCAGGUUGAAGAAUCUGAUGAAUGCACUGAAAAUCACAAUGUAGAAAAUAGCAAAUCUAGUCCGCUCGGAACACCAGAAUACCAGCGUCUAUUAGCAUUCCAAACUACUGAUGUCAAGGAUGCUGAAGAUCUUGAUGUCUCCACCAAUAGAUCUAAGACUGGAACUCUUGAACAAAAGCGUCUCGCGUCGCUUCUUCAUGGUUAUGAAUGGCAGGACGAUGAGGAUGAAGCUGAUGAAGAUGAGGAUGUCAACAAGACUCAAAUGAAACCAUCAAGAUAUAAGCGGUUGAUUGCAAUUCAUGCUGAGAAACCGAAGUAUGGAUUAAUGAAGACUAUUCUUGCAGAAAACGAUAAAGUUAAGCGUGUUAGUUUGAGUGAACAAGAACUUGCAAAGGGAGCUGAAUUAUACGGAACUGACAUUGUAAGGUUCACGCAGAAGAAUUUAGUGAGAGUAUAUCCAAAAGGAACACGGGUGACCUCCUCAAAUUUUGAACCACUUACGGGAUGGAUGGUUGGAGCGCAGAUGGUUGCCUUUAAUAUGCAGGGUUAUGGAACAUCACUUUGGUUAAUGCAUGGAAUGUUUAGAGGCAAUGGUGGUUGUGGUUAUGUUAAGAAACCCGAGAUUCUUAUGAAGAAAGCUCCGCAUGAAGUAUUUGAUCCCAGAGCAUCAUUGCCAGAGAAGAAAACAUUAAAGGUGAAACUAUACUUGGGGGAUGGAUGGCGUUUGGAUUUUAGCCACACACAUUUUGAUGCUUACUCGCCACCAGAUUUUUACACAAAGAUUUAUAUCGUUGGAGCACCAGCAGACUUUGCGAAGACUAGAACCAAGAUUAUUGAGGAUGACUGGAGUCCUAGUUGGGAUGAAGAGUUCGUGUUUCCAUUGAAAGUCCCAGAGCUGGCAUUGCUUCGGAUCGAGGUACGAGAAUAUGAUAUUUCAGACAGGGACGAUUUCGGAGGGCAGACAUGUUUGCCUGUCUCAGAAUUGAGACCUGGGAUUCGAGCAGUCCCUCUCUAUGACAAGAAGGGUGGGAAAUAUAGAUCUGUAAAGCUCCUUAUGCGAUUUCAGUUUGAAUAA